ACCUAUUUCCUCUUAACCUCUUUUCUUCUGGUUCCAACCGGGCCUCAAUACAUGUUUUCGUUAAGAGGGUUGAGCCAGAAGCUCUUCUUCUUCCACAAAUGCUCAAUCCUUCCUCCUUCCAUGGCGACUCUGAAUAACUCAAGGGUUUCUGCAUACUCCACUAGAUCCUCCAUCACUACUCCGAAGACAGUUGGAACCCACAAUGGUACCUUCCACUGCGAUGAAGCUCUUGGAUGCUUCUUAAUUCGCCUUUCUGAUAAGUUCUCCGGCGCCGAAAUUGUACGAACCAGAGACCCUGAGGUGUUGGACGCACUUGAUGCUGUGCUUGACGUCGGGGGUGUCUAUGAUUCAGGCAGAGAUCGUUAUGAUCAUCACCAGAAAGGGUUUGAUGAUGUUCUUGGUCAUGGCUUCACUACCAAGCUCAGUAGUGCUGGACUUGUCUAUAAGCAUUAUGGGAAGGAGAUAAUUGCAAAGGAGCUUCAGCUUGAUGAAGGGCACCCUAACACACAUCGUGUAUUUUUAGCUGUUUACAAGAGCUUUCUGGAGGCAAUUGAUGCCAUUGACAAUGGAAUUAGUCAGUAUGAUAUGGAGCAGCCACCAAGAUAUGUAAAUAAUACAAGCUUGUCAUCAAGAAUUGCAAGAUUUAACUUGGACUGGAUGGAUCCUGAUCAGUCACCUGAAAAGGAAAAUGAGGCCUUCAAACAUGCAAUGACUCUGGCAGGCAGUGAAUUUGUAGAGAAUGUUCAGUUUCAUAUGAGAUCAUGGUUACCAGCUCGGUCAAUUGUUAUAGAAAAUCUUGCUGCAAGAAGAGAUGUUGACCCCAGUGGAGAAAUCAUGACAAUGAAUAGAUUUUGCCCAUGGAAGCUUCACUUAUUUGAGCUGGAGGAAGAGAUGAAGAUUGAUCCUUCUAUUAAAUAUGUCAUUUAUCAGGAUGAUCGGAGCAAACGUUGGCGAGUGCAGGCAGUUGCAAUAUCUCCUGAUAGAUUUGAGAGCAGGAAGCCCCUCCCUUCUCCCUGGAGGGGUUUGUGUGAUGAAGAGCUCUCCAAGCAAGCAGGAAUCCCUGAUUGUGUUUUUGUCCACAUGAGUGGUUUUAUUGGCGGAAAUCUGACUUAUGAAGGUGCUUUGGCAAUGGCUAGAGCAUCUUUACAAUUUUAAGCGGUGAAGAAUCAGCUGUAAUUGCAUUUUAAUCAAUGAGAAAUAAUAUUCUCACUGCAUC